UUUGAAUUGUGGUUCGGAGGUACGAAAACGUGAGGAGCGUUUACCUGUUUUGAUGAGGGGUAAAAGCGCUCCUGUCCCCUGGAAACUAGGAAUUUUUUACCUGCACAACAAUAUGUUUUAUGUCAAUAAGACGUGACCCUAAGGAGAACAAUUGGGGGUAAGAAUUUCCGAAUGCCGAAAACAAGUCAGGCAAAUGUAGUAGAAAUAGUGAACCAGUACUGUUCACAAAUAUAAUUGCGAAUAAAUAAGGAAGAGUUGAGAAUAAUCUGUGCUUGGGGCCGAGUUGCCAAAAUGGAAAUACGAAAAAGAAAAGAUACGAAACCAUUCACAAAAUUUGAUAUCGAUUUGAACAGAAAAAAACAUGAAAAUAUUUUUGAAAAGUUUGACAAUGUUGAUGCACCUGUCUUGCCUAUGGAUGCAAGUGUGGAAGUGCUUCAGGUCAAUGGAGAACAAAUCAAACUAGAACGAUUUGUGGUAGGAGCAAAUGCUGAUACAACCUGUACAAGUGGAGAUACUACCAAGGAAAAAAUAAAGAGUAAUCCAGAGGUAAAUGGAGAGCCUGAUAAGGUGGGACCGAAGACGACUCAAAAUGAAUCUAGUCAAUUAGAAUCCACUAUGGAAGAGGAAAAUUAUGAAGAUUUGGACACCAGAAAGUUGCACUCAGAAUUGGACAUCGAUGAUGAUGGAGAUAUGGGUUGGUCACCUGAUGUAGCAUACAGUGCUGGUAUAAAGAAAAUUCAAGGAGAAAGGUGUCAGAUCAAGUCCGACAUAUCAGGCAGAAAUGCGUACAGUUGUCACAGUUGUAAUUUCGAAACCAAUCUUAAAGAAUUUCUGACAUCUCAUUUGCUGGUACACGCGUUCAAACCUAAUGUUAAUAGCAAUGCGCUGAAAAAAUCUAUGAAAUUUAUUAGAUACAAGUGCACGCAUUGUAAAGCAGGCUACAACAGAAAAAAUAGGCUGGACGAACAUUUGUUAAGGAAACAUCCCGAAUUUAUUGCUUCAGUCACUAGUAAAAUACACCAAUGCCCAAAAUGCGACUAUAAAACUGUAAAACGCGAUAAUUUUCAGUAUCACUCUUUGCAACACCUUGGAGUGGGUAAACCUAAGCCACACAAAUGUUCGCAUUGCGAUGAGUCGUUUGCAAGUUACAGAUCUUUGAACGACCAUAUACUGAGAAAGCAUCCCAGCUUUGCAGCAUCACUCAAAUGUGAAACAUACAAAUGUGAAAAAUGCACAUUCAGUACUACCAUAAACGCUAAGCUAGAAAAACAUCUAUUGUCUCAUCCUGGGACGCCUAGUAGUUAUAUUCUAAAUGUAUGCGUAUAUUGUAGUAAGAAGUUUUGCGGAAAACAAAAAAUGAACGAUCAUGUAUUGAAAAACCAUCCUAAUGCCGUUGAAGUGCUUGAUUACAAGGUACUUGAAUGUGAAAAGUGCAAAUAUAAAACGACGAUUAAAUCAAGUCUCAGGAGUCACAUGAACAAACACUCCCAAAAUAUCGAUGAACUCAAAAAAUGUGUACAUUGCACAGCAACGUUCAAGAGUACAACGACUUUGAACAAUCAUAUAAUCAUAAUGCAUCCAAAGUUUAUUGACACGAUUACUGGUAAAAUACAUAAAUGCGAAAAAUGUGAAUACAAAACUAGCUUAUCAUGUGCGAUACACGCGCACAUUAUCUCUAAUCAUCCUGAGAUUGUUCCGAUAAGUAAAUUUAAAACGUGCUUACAUUGCAAAGCGGUGUUCACGGCGAAACCGGCUUUAGAUGACCACAUAAUAAAGAGUCAUCCUCAUAGUGCUUCAACCGUGACUAGCUUAAUUCGUGAAUGUACAAUAUGUGACUACAAAACCACCCGGAAGGGUAAUUUUACUAAACAUUUACUUACACAUUCCAAAGAAAAUGUAAAGUGAAUUUUAUGUUGUACUCCAGCUGCCAAUGUAUCCCAACUAGCAAAGUAGUGCUAUAAGCUUUUGCUAAAAGAACCGUUCAGCCAUAAAAGCUCUCUGUUGUUGUUGCCUGAACACCAAAAUGCUGGCCAAAUGUUGUGCGGAAUGCAAAUUUGCUUUCUGCAACAUAUUUGCUCUAAAAUGAGGUGUUUAAAAUAUUCUUAUAGUAUAGUUAUACAACAACUUAUAGGACAAACUUUUAACUGUUGCAUAAACGUUUAUACAACUAUUUUAUACGGCAUAUUUGCACGUUAGUCAAAAUUGUUGUGUUGUGGCAUCCAUGGUAACGUUUAUAAAACAAACCCGAGCCUUGUUGUUUUGCUGUGCAAAUUUACUACUUUAGCCAACAAAUUGCUCCCAACGGAAGCACUUAUACAACUGUUGUUUAGUAACUGUUAAAGGCUGUACAUAUGCAACAAUAUUACAACUUUUGUAGUACAAAAUUGCUGUGCUCGGCAUACAUUUGUUGGUAUACAACUUCACCAUAACCUAACUUUCUGCUGUCAAAUUUUUGUUAAAACGCCAUAACCAAUGUUUUAAGACAAACAACGCGUGCAUAUUGAUUCAAAAGGUUUUAUCAACUGUUCAAACAGAAGAUAUAGAUCUGGUACAAAUUCUGGGUAAAUCAUUCGACUGUCGGUAUUUCAUUUCAGACAUUUGUCAAAUUAUUGUACAACACCUGCAGGUAACACCAAAAUAUUCUAAUAAACCAAAGACAACAUGGACGAUGCCAUGAUUAUACACAACCACCCGCCAUAUUGGGCAAACAUUUGUUCCUCUAUUUAGUAUUAAAUAAUGAUGUUUCAGUUCGAAAUUACAAAUAUAAAGUGAUAAACAUUAGUGUAAUUAUGACUAAAUAUAGGAUUUGUGUAAGAUUUAACGCAGAUAAGUUCAGUUUUCCAUCUUAAAAAUCUAGACAUACUUUUGAUCAUUAUUGAAAUAUGAGUCAAACACGAAGCCCGUAGAAAUUGUGUAACUGCUUUGCACGAUAAUCACAAUAAAAUUUGCUGCGCAAGCAAUUCAAUAGCCCUACAUCACAGUGUAGAAGUUUAUCAUAUACCUGUGUAUGAAAUUCACAAUGGCCGAUAUGUAAGUAAACAAGAUGACUGUAAUAUGUUUGUUAUAUAUUCUUCACUUCGUCUAUACAAUACAUAAGAAAUAGUUUGGUAGCAAUGAAGUAGAAUCAUGUAACAGAAUAGUUGUAUAGUUGACAAGGACUGAAUCUUGCACUGACCCAAAUGUUCUAUAGCGGCUGCAAGAGGCUUGCACUUUUGUUGUAUAACUGUUACCUACAGCCCUUAUACAACCUCUUAAAUGACUGAAGUGUCCUAUUAGGUGUGCCCACUCCGCUUGUAUAGCUGUUCUAAGAGGGUUUUGCCAAUGUCUUACAGUAUACAAUGCUGUGUAAGGAAUACUGUAUAAUCAUUCUUGCAACUCUAAUAGGAGUGAUAAUUGUUAGUUGGGAUUUUUUCGAACAGACUGGUCAACUUAGAUCCGGUUUUACAGUGACAAUAAAUCCAUUGGUUUAAUGUACCAGGGCGGUCCGAUAAGUACUUAGCCUUUUGCAAGGGAAAUCGCGCAGCUAAAUCAAGGAGCGCUUUGAAACUGUGCAAGGUGGCUAUCCCAAUGGCAAGACUACAAGAAGGCUUUACAUAGAACCCUUGGGUAACUUCUGUCAGACCAUUAAUGACCUUCCUGCUACAGCUAGAAUACACAGAAUCCUGUGCAAAGGUACUCUGAGGCUUCUGAUUGAUACGCACUUUCCCGGUUCCACAGUGGCGCAAUCAGUCAUAGAGUGCAUGUUGCUAGGCAACGUGGUGGUUCUAUCUCUUUCUAACAUACACGUGUUGCAAACGACUCCCGCUCCUCUCUCGUACACAUCACGACGUCAGUGAUAUAUGGAUUUCUCUGUAUGUGAUAAUGAUUCAUUCGUUGAUUAACAAAAUAGCCUAGCCCUGACAACUAAGCUUAAGUUUGAAUAUUUGUUAUAAGCGCUUAUUAAUUAUUAUCAUCAUCGUAAUUAUGCAUGUUUUUUCUUAACCUUAUUUUAUUUUGUUUUAAGUAUUUAAUAUCUUAUCAUGAUUGUAUAUUACAUAUUAUAAUACUUAGUCGCUAGGUAUGCUACUCAAAUCCUUCUUUAUUCGAUUUACGUGCAAUUUUAGUUAUGUUAGUACUUCUACUUUUGUAGUGUUUAGGGCAUGUCGUUUGUAAGAUAAGG